AUGAUGACUGGAGUCGCUGGAGUCGUCGUGUUGGGUAUGGUUGUGGUAGCAGCCAGGGCAGUGGCUGCGGCAGACUACCCUGAGCCCUGUUACCCCGAUACCCUCUACGUCACCCAAUACCAGACGCAGGUCCAGCAGGUGCCUGUGUACCAGACGGUUUAUAAAGAACAGUACAUUCCUACCACCUUGUACCACACCCACUACCACACCAAGCACCUUACCCAGCACCACACGCAGUACGUGCCCAAGUACGUGACGGAGACCGUGUACAAGACCAACAUCCAGUACGUGACCAAGUACAAGACCCAAUACAAGACGGACUACGUCACCCAGUACGCUACAAAGAUCCAGUACAUCCCCACCUACAUCACCAAGGUCCAGUACAAGACCGAAUACCGCACCGACGUCAAGUACCAGCCCGUGUACGAGACGGUGUAUAAGCCCAAGUAUAUCACUAAGACGUACGCUCAGUAUCAUACACAGUAUGAAACCCAGCUGGUCCCUCAGUACGUCACUGUCACUAAGACGCACAAGACGUACAAGACCGUCUGCCCCAAGCCGGUCUACGGCUACGCCCACGGCUUCUAG